GGGAGGGAGUGACUUCUCCAGGAGGAGCUUGAAGAAGUUGGACCAGCAGCACGCUGACACUUUACCAGCUGACCUGAAGAUUAAAUGAUGGAAGCGGAGCAUUUAAGCGGCGGCGGAAGGGUCAAACCCGAGCGGGGCGACAACCGGCGCUACAAGACGGCCUUGAUUGCGUGUGCGUGCCUCUGCGCCGCUCUCCUCCUGGCGCUCAUCGUGGUGUCCCAAAGAAGUCAUCAACAGGAAUUCUGCCUGACUCCGGAGUGCAUAGAAGCCGCUGGAGCCAUUCUGAGCAAAAUGGACAAGUCGGUGGACCCCUGCGAGGACUUUUACACCUUCUCUUGUGGAGGUUGGCUGGAGGACAAUCCCAUUCCCGAAGACUCUUCAUCGUACGGGAUCUACCCGUGGCUACGGCAGCAAGUGGACUUGCGCCUCAAAGAGUUACUGGAAAUGCCGUCUGAAGCCCACGAGCUGGAGGCGGUGACUAAGGCUAAGACACUCUACCGAUCCUGCAUGAAUGAGAGCUUAUUGGAGGAGGCAGACGCUCAGCCGGUGCUCGGGACGCUCCAGCAACCCGACUUCCGCUGGCCCGUGUUGGGCGACGGCCUGGGCGGUGCCUUCCGCUGGUCUGAGCCCGACUGGAACCUUCUGCGCUCUCUGGCUAGCCUGCGUAACCAGCACGGCAAGAGCGUCCUCAUCCGGAUUUACGUGGCCCCCGACGACAAGAACUCCUCCAGAUAUGUCAUCAAGCUGGAUCAGGCGUCUUUAUGUCUACCCUCAAGGGAGGAUUACAUCACCAACACCUCUGCUGCACAGAUGUACCGCGCGGCUUUGCUGAGCUUGAUGGUGGACACGGCAGUCAUGCUAGGCGCCCCCCAGAAAGCGGCGCGGGUCCAGAUGGAGAAAGCGCUGGACUUUGAGACCAAGCUGGCUCACAUAAUAAUUCCCUACGAGAACCGAACCAGUGAAAACAUGUACAACAGAUACACGCUAUCAAGACUACAACGCCAGCUACCACAGUUGGACUGGUUGUUCUUUGUCAAAUCUGUGAUGGAGUUGGAAAGCGAGCCAUCUCUGGUUGUGUCCUCCUCGGAACCUGUCAUCGUUCGAGCACCGCAGUACUUCCGAGACCUGGUCAAGCUCAUUAACGCCACCGACCCCAGGACUGUGGCUAACUACGUCCAGUGGAGGGCAGUUUUCUCCAAGCUGACCACCCUCAGCCGCCGUUUCCUCUACAGAUACCUGGACUACGCCAGGGUAACCACGGGAACUACGUCUUUGACGCCGCGCUGGGACAAGUGCAUCAACUACAUUGAGAACACGCUGACCUACGCCACAGGCCGACUCUUUAUCGAUACGUACUUCCACGAGGACAAAAAAGACAUGAUGAACGAGCUAAUCGAUGGCGUCCGCUGGGCUUUCGUGGACAUGCUUCAGAAGGAGAACGAUUGGAUGGACGAGGCCACCAAAACCAGAGCUGUCGAAAAAGCUUACGCCGUUCUGGCUAAAGUGGGCUACCCCGAGUUCAUCCGGAACGACACCUACAUCAACGAUGACUUAAAGGAGCUGGAAUUCGACGAGAACGACUACUACGGCAACGUGCUGCAGACGCUCAAAUUCAUCGCUCAGUCCGACAUGGCUUGGCUUCGAAAGAAAGUCCCGCGCACAGAGUGGUUCACCAACCCCACUACAGUCAAUGCCUUCUACAGCUCAUCCACCAAUCAAAUAAGAUUUCCUGCUGGUGAGCUCCAAAAACCCUUUUUUUGGGGAAACGAGUACCCGAGGUCGUUGAGUUACGGUGCCAUCGGCGUGAUCGUGGGACACGAGCUGACGCACGGGUUCGACAACAACGGGCGCAAGUAUGACAAGGACGGCAACCUGGACCAGUGGUGGAGCAACUCGUCGGUCACGGCCUUCAACGAUAAGACGCAGUGCAUGGUGGAGCAGUACAAUGACUACUACUGGGAGGAGGCAGGGUUAAAUGUCCGCGGCAAGAGGACACUAGCGGAGAACAUCGCGGACAACGGCGGCAUGAGACAAGCGUUCAGGGCGUACCGACGUUGGGUCGACGAGAGCCGCGGCGGCGUCGAAGAACCGCUCCUACCCGGCGUGGGACUGGACAACAACCAGCUGUUCUUCCUCAGCUACUCCCACGUCCGCUGCAACUCGUACCGGGCCGAAGCGGCCAGGGACCAAAUUCAGACCGGCGCGCACAGUCCGCCAAAGUACAGGGUCGUCGGAGCGAUGAGUAACUUCCCCGAGUUCAGCAAGGCCUUCAACUGCCCUGAUUCGGCCGUCAUGAACAGAGGCCAACAGUCCUGCCGUGUGUGGUGACUUUUCCACUCGAGCCUGAAUCCUCGCCAAAAUUGGGACGAAUCCCGUCGCCAAAAUUGGGACCUCGAAACCAAGGCGGAGUGCCCAGAGAGCUCCAGUUUCAUGUGAAAGUAAUGCGGUUUGUAGUGCACGGUUCGUACAAGUGGAACUUUCUAGAGACUUGAAAGUAUAAUUAUGUUUUUCAACUUUAACCCCUUGGUGCCUGAAUUUACAUUUAACAUAUACAGUAUAUGAAUGAAUGAAUGAAUUAAUGCUUAAUUUGGACAUACAGUAUGCCAGAAGAAAAAAGAAAAAGCAAUUAAAAAAUCAGACAAAAGCAAUGAUACACUUUACAUAACAACAAUAGUCGAGACAAUAAUAACAAUAAUAAUAACAUAAUGUAUUUAAUAUACCCAAAAAGGAGUAGGCUAAAGAAUUUGCUCAUUAAAACCUACCCCCAUUUUCUAUUUCUCAAUUAUCAGUCCGUCAUUUGACUAGUCCUCAUACAGGUAGUGCACAGGUUAUGACGUACUUGACUUACGCGAUUUCGACUUUACGACGCCAGAGUCCCGUCCGCCAUUUUGUCUCCAGUCAUUUUUUGUUUUCUUUUCUUUUUUUACUUGCUAAACAGUACCUUAUUGUACCUCUCACUAUAUUAUUUUUUACUUUAUUAAUAUGAUGUGUUCUGUCCUCACUAAAUGUGAAGUUGUUCAGCUUUACAGCUAGCAAACAAGGCAAUUGUGCUUUUUGAAGCUUUUUGCUUCCUUCACUUUUGACAAUUUGUAAAGCUUUAGCACACAUUUGUACACUUAUAUUCAAAACCAGAGGCGUCGCAUCCCAUUAGGCAAACCAGGCAAUUGCCUUGGGCCCCCAGCCAGCAGGGGCCCCCAGAGGGCCAACAGAUUUAGCACAAACAGCUUUUCUGCACUGUUGCAGCGACAAGUGUUGGGAGUGUUUCAAUACCAUGUGCCAGGGAAGCUCAAGUUUGAACUCCGAGACAAGUGUUACCUCGAUAGCUAGAUUAGAGAAAUAAAUACGACCACGACCAUGGAUUGAUUUUCUUCGAAGGUUUAGUACAAGAGCUCUUGGGUACGGACACGGAAUAAUGCACAAAGUGCCUCUCCGCAUGUGGACAAAAGAGAGAUACAGGGCAUCCCUCUAUUUAUGGGUUGACACCAUAGAAACAAAAUAGAAACUUAGUAAAAACAUCUCAAGUUACAGAAAAACAUCUCUCAUCGGGGAAAACCACCUUAAGCUGUAACCUUGAAUCACAAGCUGUGGCCAGGAAGAAGUUUGAUAAGCCACAGUUGCUAUAUUGUACUCAUUCAGGGCAUAUUGGAAACAACAGGAACAUGACAGUCCAUGUUUGGGCAUAUUGACUACGUCUACAAUCGUCAAGGCCAUGAGAAGGCCCACUCAAAAAGAUGACAUCAGAUUAUUCUAACAAUGAUACUCUAUGCUAUAAUGUUCUCAUGCAAGCAUAACAAAAGCAUUCAACAUAUAAUAUAUAAUGGUUGUGUUUUAAGCAUGAAUAAAUUCUCUCACACCAUGGAAAAAUGAAUAGAAGUUAUCCUUCUGGAAGCGAAAAAGGAGGAGAAAAGGAAGCAAGACAGCGGUGAGUGUACUAUGUUACUGUAGUUUUAUGUUCUAAUGUAGUAGAAGCACUGCAAACUAGUAGUAGUAGUAGUAGUAGUAUUUUUAUGUCCUAAACUAAUUAACUGCCUUGACUUGUCAUAACUAGCUUGUUAGCGUUUGCUAACAGCAUUGCAGCAUGCUAGCGUUUCUUCAUACGUAAAGCUGUUACCUAGAACAUAAAAUCAGUGUUUAGAAUGAACAUACACACACAUUUUCAUCUGGGAUUUUUUUCUGAAGGUGUCAGUCUCCCCCAGGGCAGCUGUGGUUCCAAUAGAAGCUUACAUCCACUGAGUGUGGAGUGAAUGAAUAAUGCAAAUGAGGGGCACUUUCAGUGUCCUAAAACCGCUCUAUUAGAGCUAGGCGUUAUUAGACUUUUAUUAAAUAUGCUAUCGCUCCAAGUCCAACUGUCCCCCUUACCUGCACACACUCAAAGGGCCCCAUGUUGCUUGUUGCCUGAGGCCCCCGGGGACCCUUGCUACGCCUCUGUUCAAAACGAUACACAUUUUAACAAUAAAACACUUGACCCAAAACAAAUGCCCAUCUAAUCCGAUUAAUAUGUAGAUGUAGUAGAUUAAGGGGCCGUUUACAUGGUGACUCUCCGAGAAUACAAACAAUUUCAAAUUUGCAUUUGCAUUUGCGUCUCCAUUUGAGCAAUGUCGCAAUUCCGCUUGAAAACGAUGUAGUAUUCUUGCCGGGCCCUAGGAGGCAGUACAGAUUUACUGGGUGACAGAGAAUGAUGCACUCUGACCCCAACAAGCUCCCUCAGCCCGGAAAAAAAUAUGCCCGCCCACUCGAAGCAAUGUCAUUUUUCUUUUGUUCAAAAAGGCAGAAAAAUUUAACCGUUCAACAUAUUUAAUUUAAAAAUAUUAUUAAAACAGUAAAUUAAAGCCGACAUUCCCCCAUAUUUGCUGUUUUUAGCACCGCUGUGCACGCCCAAUGUGAGGUGUACGAGUGCUGACGUUAACAGCGCGGUCUCGCGCCGCAGGAGCCUUUGAUAUGCAUGCCGAGGAAGCCCCCCUCAAUCACCCGCAAUCGGAUUCUUCCACUUUGGAGGCAGGAUUCAGAAUUUUUCGUCUUCUCCGACACCAUAUGUACGCGAGGCAAGUCAGCAACUCAGUCAUUGCGUUUUUGUGUCGCGGAGUCGAAAUGUAAACUGCCCCUUAAUUAGCCUAAUUUGCCUAACAAAAGUCCGCUAUCCUAAAUGUUACGAAUGCGGACAUAUUUACAAUCCUCAUAGCAAAUCGCUCACACGUAACUCCACGAACUGUAGCUGGAAACGCAAUUACAAAUGCGUACACAAACAUAUAUUAGCUGAAAGAACUUACAGUCUUAUGAGGCCAAACCAGAGCACAGCUAACAUUUACCCAUGUCAGACAUCGGAGUCUGCUUCUCGCCAAGAGGGUCCUGGAUUUCGUUCCAACCAAUGAAGAGGUCAUGUUUUCACCAAUCUGAUCUCCUACAAGUGUAAUCAGUUGAUUGCAGUCAGGUGCUGCUUGUUUCAGCAGAAAAUUCAUUGGUUAAUCUGAUUGCGCUGUCUUGGUUGAAAUGAAAUCCAGGACCCUCUUGGCCCUUAGUGGCAUUGGUUUGACACCCCUGAUAUAGACUAAUCCGAGUAGAGAUUUGUGGAUGCCGCUCUCUAGUGGUGGCCACCAUUACUUGGGGUGUUAACACACUUCAGUAGCAGCCCAGCUUCACUUAAUGUAAACAAUAAUGUUAGAUGCUGCUGGAUUUUUUUUUUAACAAAUUCCUUUUUCAUUUAUUUUAGAAAUCUAGAAAAUUAGACAUUUUGAAAAAUCUUUUAUUAUAUAUAUUUUUUUAGAUAAAAUACAUUUUGAAUUCAUUUUCUGUAUUUGCCUUUUUCUUUCAUUUGCUACUUUGGGUUUUUCUCAUUUUUAGCUGUAUUUCUUCAAUGUAAUUUUCUAUAUUUUGUAUUAAUACUAUUUUUAAGUACUUGUGUGUUCCUCCAAAAUUUUUAAUGUAUAUUUGUUAACUAUAAAUUCAGACAUCAAGGGGUUAAACACCAAAGAAUGAGCAAUAAAUAGCAACAAUGAGACUCUUUUUUUUUUCUGUUUUAAAACUUUAUUUAUUUCUAUAAUUUUGAAUUUCACAAAACAAUCAUAGUUUUCACUUUUUAUCAGAUUUUUAAAUGUUUACCAAAGUACAGUAAUCUUAAGACAAAAUGUGUUUUGGAUGAUGAACUUUAUACGAAUAAAUUGUUUUUAUAUCUCAUUGUACUGACAAUAAAACAUUUUUUAAACGAUAUUAUAUUAUAAAUUCAUAAAUCAAAACAUGAUUUUGAAUGUAGAAAGAAACAUCUGUUAUAAAGACA